AAAUGAGCUUCAAUUCAGAAAGCGAACAAAUGCAGCUAUCUUUAUCCAGAGUGAUUGGCGGAGAUACUUGAAACGGCUACAUUAUAGGAGGAUGAAGAAAGCAGCAAUUGUGUUACAAUGUGCCUGGAGAGCUAAAAUGGCCCGCAGAGAACUACGAAAGCUAAAGAUGGCAGCGAAAGAAACUGGAGCUCUCCAAGAAGCCAAAAGCAAGCUGGAAAAGGAAGUUGAAGAGCUGACACAGAGACUACAGGUGGAGAAGCGCAUGAGGGACAAUUUGGAGGAAGCUAAAACCCAGGAAACAAUGAAAUUACAGUCUGCAUUGGAAGAGACUAGGCUUCAGCUUAAAGAAACUAAAGAGCUGCUCGUGAAGGAAUGUGGGGCUACCACAAAGGACAAUCUGGAGGAAACUAAAGCCCAGGAAACAAUGAAAUUACAGUCUGCAUUGGAAGAGACUAGGCUUCAGCUUAAAGAAACUAAAGUGCUGCUCGUGAAGGAAUGUGGGGCUACCACAAAGGACAAUCUGGAGGAAACUAAAGCCCAGGAAACAAUGAAAUUACAGUCUGCAUUGGAAGAGACUAGGCUUCAGCUUAAAGAAACUAAAGUGCUGCUCGUGAAGGAAUGUGGGGCUACCACAAAGGACAAUCUGGAGGAAACUAAAGCCCAGGAAACAAUGAAAUUACAGUCUGCAUUGGAAGAGACAAGGCUUCAGCUUCAAGAAGCAAAAGAGCAGCUCGUGAAGGAACGUGGGGCUACCACAAAGGUUGCGGAACAAGGAUCUAUUAUACAAGAGGUCCGAGUUAUAGAUCAGGGGCUGGUCGACAAGCUUAAUGCUGAAAAUGAGCAGCUUAAGGUUAUUGUUAACUCGUUGGAAAAGAAAAUUGAUGAAACAGAGAAAAAAUAUGAGGAGACAGUCAAAAUAAGCGAGGAGCGAUUGAAGCAAGUUCUGGAGGCCGAGUCUAAGAUAACUCAGUUGAAGGAAGUCAUGCAAAG